CACGGACGAUCGAUGCGAGCAGAAAACCCGCAUGUUAUGUCCGACGGACAAACGAAACUGGUAGGACAAACGGUGCGGUCACACCGGCCCUGCAUAGUUGCUGUAAGACGCGCGCGCCAUACAACCGCCAUAUUCUUCUCCGAUCCGGCCCACUGCAGAAGAGCAUCAUAUGGAGGGUAUUCAUAUGUAAACAAGAACCAGGUUCCUUUAAAUACCGAUGGCGCUGGCGAUGUUGAUGUUGGGGAUGUUGGAUGAGGUUGAAUCAGAAUCAGAAGACGAAUCAGAAGACGAAACCGAAGAGGCGGUUUCGCUUACCGAAGGAGCGAUUUCGGCCAUUUAUCGAGGUGAAAGUCCAAAAUUUCCAAAGUUACAGUUUUUGAGGACGACUACUAUUAAUGGCAAAUCUUUGAAUCGCUGGGAUGUGAUGCUAUCAGAUGGACAGCAUAUCUGUGUAGCAAUGCUGGCAAAGAAUCUCAAGUGGAAGUUGACAUCGGGACAGCUGGAUGAGAAAGCGAUAAUUAGACUAGAUAAUUACACCCUCACACGUAAUAGGAAAUACUUUGAAGUGCAAGACCUGUGCAUCUUAAGGAAAGGAAAAGAUAUUGGUGUGAGCAUAGGUAAACCCAUCUUCAUUUAUCAUAGACUAUCACCACAUGCAAGACCAUCUGGGGUAUCAGGCCUAUCCAAUGCAGCAGGACCAUCUAGGGCAUCUGGAGCUACAGGACUAUCUAGGGCAGCAGAACCAUCCGGGAUAGCAGGACCAUCUGGGGAUUCAGGAACAUCCAAUGCAGCAGGACCAUCUUUCACCAUGGGACAAUCUAAGGCAUCAGUACCAUCUGGAGCUUCAGGACCAUCUAGGGCAGCACAACCAUCUGGAGCUGCAGGACCAUCCAGGGCAGCAGAACCAUCCAAUGCAGCAGGUCCAACUGGGGACACUGGACCAUCUAGGGCAUCAGUACCAUCUGGAGCUGCAGGAUCAUCUAGGGCGUCAGUACCAUCUGGAGCUGCAGGACCAUCUAGGGCAUCAGUACCAUCUGGAGCUGCAGGACCAUCUAGGGCAGCACAACCAUCCAGAAUAGCAGGACCUUCUGCGGCUGCAGGAACAUCAAAUGCAGCAGGACCAUCUGGGGCCAUGGGACCAUCUAGGGCAUCAGUACCAUCUGGAGCUGCAGGACCAUCCAGGGCAGCAGAACCAUCUGGAAUAGCAGGACCAUCCAAUGCACCAGGACCAUCUACAGACACAGCAUCAUCUUCAAUUUUAGAAACAUUUGGGGAUGCAGCACUGUCUCAAGAAUUAACAAGCUCAGGUUCUGCAUUGUCUGACGAGGGAGACCAGUGCCCCGAAGGUUUGCAGUGCCCCCUGUGUCUUGAUGCCUUCAAGAACCCCACCCUCCUGGCUUGUGGGCAUACCUUCUGCAAGGCCUGUCUCCAGGAAUAUGAUAAACAGCACACAGGUCGAGAUUACAUGGAGUGCCCUGUCUGCAGGAAGCGCACCAAGCUGGCACACGAUAGGGUCUCUGGGUUUCCAUCAAACUUCUCAGUCAAGGUCCUGAAAGAUGAAUUAUGCAAGAAAGAAGAGGGAAGCUCUGCAGAUUUCUGUCCAUUGCACAGUCAACUUUUCAGGGACAUUUUGUGUGAAGAUUGUGCAGAGUUCAUCUGUCUGACUUGCUUCAUUGAUAAACACCAAGGUCACAAGAUUAAGAAGAAGGAACAGCUUAAUGCACAAUUGAAAAAGAAAAGGGAUUCUCUCCUUCGGAAAAGCAAGGAGAAAAAAGCAAGAAUUGACAAAUCCAUAACCAGUGCUGAGCAGCAUAAGCUAGACACGUAUGCUCACUUUGAGAGUUUAAAGAAGAAAGUAAAAGUAAGCUUGGCAAAAAAGGCAAGGAUUCUUCGUGAGAAUGGGAAGAGAUUACAGCAUAGGUUAUAUGAUAUGCAGGUUUACCAUGACGAGAUGCUACAAACUUGCAUCGCUGACCAGAGGCAGUCAGUAGAUACCAUAAAUAAAUGCCUCGGGGUACUGGCCAGCAACACAAGCAGAUGUUCAAACAUGGAUUCACUCAAUGCACAUCAUUUGCAAUUAAGCGAUGUUAAGAAUUCAUUGACGGCGAUCACUGAUGAGGUUUCAAUGGCAGAUGUCAAACAAACGGCAGAAAUGACGCAGUUCUUUCCAGCCGAUGACAAUGUUCUUGAAGUUGGUCAUAUUCAGCUUGGAGAGAAUGGUCCACCUAGUAAGGAUGAAGAAGUGAAAACUGUUGCUGAGGGGAGUAUAAAUGAAGAAGAUCUGCAAGCCACUACUAAGGUACUAGGCACUCCAGCGCGAGUAAGAAGCACGUUAAGCCUUGUGAGAAAAAUUGAUUUGCCACAUAUGAUGUCUGGAAUGGCAGCACUGUGGCAGAAUGCUGUGGUGAUAGGUUAUGGAUCUCAUAGUCAAGGUUCUGAUUGCUUCUUUGUGUCGGGUGGAAAGAGACCUUAUAUGAGGACCAUUGGUGCAGUGCAUGAUCUUGCAAUCCUUACCGAUCGCAGUACAGUUGUAUCACAGGAUGGGAAAAUAUUCCAUCAGCUUGACCCGCAAGAUACAAAUAGGAAAAUAGGUAUACAGUACGCAUGCAAGAGAGAUAAUGGGUUUUUCACCUUGUGCAGUGACCAGAAGGACAACAUCUAUGCUAUUAAUGGCCAUCCAGAGAUCUACGUGUUCAAGAGUAGGAACCCUGAUCCUGUGAGAGUGAUCCCUGGUAAGACCAACGCCAUGCACAUCUGCGUCUUGAAGACUGGCGUCAUGAUCACUAGCACCUGUGCCGUCAAACCCAGCACAGUCACCAUGUACGAUGAGGAAGGUCAUGUAGGUGACUCUAUCACAGGCAGUGAUGAGGGUGAAUACUUGUAUGCUGUGGUAGACAGCCUGGACAGAGUGCUGGUAGCAAGGGUUGAAUGCAACUCUGACAUGCUUUCAUUGACAAGGUACAUCAUUCAGGACAGCAAGCUUAUCGUUCAGACGUGGUUCAAACUACUCAAAAUUCCUCAUCUGAAUAGUCUCCAUCAAGGUAAUUGGUGUUACAUGGUCAGUCUAACACCCAACAUGCUUGCCUUUGCCCAUGCUACUCACUUAUAUUUCAUCAAGCUGGCUGCGUAGCUCCAUCUCUGAUCCGUCUGCCAACCUUAAAGGCCACCUCAAACCUGAUCUGACAACAGUUGGAUCUCGAGUUCUGUAAAGAUUCUUGACAGAAAUUGAAGUAGAAGAUUUGAACAUUUUAGCUAUCUUGAUUUUCACCUGAUGGAGGCGCUGAUGGUUCAAUCAAUAUCAAUAUUGCAGGAUAUUACCGCAUCAACUGUGCAUUAUCAAGACAUCACAUCAGUCCAAUGAGUGUCUAACCGUCUUCAAAUUGGUUUGAUAUCUUCCUGGAAGGUGUUAAAUGCCAUGCAAUUGCAGUUGUACUAUUUUAAGACCAUUACACAUUUAACUUGGAAGAAUAUUGCACUUGGUAAAUCAUACUUUAAUGCAUUUUCUUCCAAAAUCUAUUGGCAGUGUCGUACUGUUUCAGGUCUCGAUCACAUUUUGGCUGGACCCGUUUAAGUAGAGCUGUAGCUAGAUCUAUUUAUUUGCUUCUUCCACUGUUGCCAAUGCUACCUCAAUUGUCCAUACCAGCUCUUAACACAGCUUGUUUGGUUAAGCUGACAUUUUCUAUGUAUUUAUAGUAUUAUAGGUUGUUAAAAGAAUUGUUUGUGUCUUCAUUUCUUGCCAAGAUUAACCUCUGUGUAUUAACACAACAUAUGUUUGCCAAAAUAAGUAAAGUUAUUGCAACCUUAUCAAUUACUUAUUGUACUUUUGUUCAUCAAUUCCUUGCCAAUAUUUCCACUUUCAAAGUUAUUCAGGUGUUUCUCUUAUUAGGUGUUCAUGAUUACUUUCAUUCAACGUAUUUGUUGGCUUUGUAAAUUUAAACUUAGUAAGCAAGAAUUGUAGCCUACUUGUAGUUUUAUGGAACCAUAGUUUUACUAGCAAUUUACUGCUGUUUCAUGGUCUCCAAUUACCAAUUGAAUAAGUUUACCUUGUAAAUAUGUUUAGUAUUUCAAUCUUUCAUUCAUUUGUAUGGUAGAUAAUCAUUACAAUAAAAAAUAUGUCUUGUCUACCCAGGGUACCCCAUCACUAUUUAUGUUGUUCACCCCGAGGGACCAGUUAUCAUAUUACCCUGUUUACCAUAUCUUUACCACAUCUUUACCAUAUCAUAGCAUUACCCCGAUAUGAACUGCACCUCCAAUUGAUUAUUAAAGCUCAUUUACAUCAUUGUUGUGAUGGUGCCUCCAGCUCUUAACCUCUUACAUAAGUCACUAUUUAACUUUCUUUUUUAAAGGGAUCCAAAUUGUGUUUGGAAAGAAAUUUAAUAUCGCAUUACUUUUUCAAACUCUAUUGGAUACUCUGUAGUUUGAUGAAGUCUACGAUGUUGGUGUUUGUAACCUCAAAUUAGUGUUGAAAAUCAUCAUCGUUUCCCUUUUGAAUAUUGAAUGUUCAUUUGUUUUUUUCUUGAAAUUGUCAGCAAGAGACUUC